CAAACAGGCUCCUCAUCACUCUGGAUGAAAUAUGAAUGCUGCAUGCAAAUGCAAGUACCCAUCACUUCAGUAAUGACAUUACUUCAUGACUCAUGUAUCGCCCUGUUAACCAACAAAUCAAUAACUCCAAAUCUCAAUUAAUGUCAACAUUCAUUUCUUUGUCCUCUUAAAUUUAACCUAUCACUUCAAUUCUCACCCAAGGCCACAAGUCCAAAAAUAAAUCACAGCUACAAGUAUCCUCAAAUCUUUCUGCCUUUUCUCUCUUCCUGCCUGCAGUGACAUAGACUAGUCUAUUGGCCUUUGGGUUCUGUUUUUCUUGAGUUCAAAAAUGGAUGUGGAAUACUAUGGGGAAUAUGUAAGGAAUUCCAGAGGAGUCUGGCUUUUUACUUGCAGAUGGCUGCCUUUAUCUCCACCAAAAGCUCUUGUUUUUCUUUGCCAUGGGUAUGGCAUGGAAUGCAGUGAUUUCAUGAGAGGUUGUGGGACAAGGCUGGCUAAGUAUGGGUACGCUGUUGUGGGGAUCGAUUAUGAGGGACAUGGACAAUCCAGGGGACCUCGUUGUUACAUCAAGAAGUUUGAGAACAUUGUCAACGACUGCAGCGACUUCUUCAAAUCUGUCUGUGCGCAGAAAGAGUACAAAGAUAAGAAACGAUUCUUGUAUGGAGAGUCGAUGGGUGGAGCUGUUGCUCUACUUCUUCAUAAAAAGGAUCCUGCUUUCUGGCACGGGGCAGUUCUCGUGGCUCCAAUGUGCAAGAUAUCGGAAAAGGUUAAGCCACAUCCGGUGGUAGUGAGCAUGUUGACUACUCUAGAAGACGUUAUACCCAAGUGGAAAAUAGUUCCCACGAAGGAUGUUAUCGACGCAGCUUUCAAGGACCCUGUCAAGCGAGAAGAGAUACGUGGUAAUAGACUUAUUUACCAGGACAAACCCCGACUGAAAACAGCUCUAGAAAUGCUCCGGACUAGCAUGGAUCUUGAGGAUAGCUUAAGCCAGGUGACGAUACCAUUUUUUGUGCUGCACGGGGAAGCAGAUACAGUAACUGAUCCAGAUGUAAGUCGAGCAUUGUACGAGUUAGCCAGUAGUGUUGACAAAACCAUAAAACUGUAUCCAGGAAUGUGGCACGGCUUGACAGCAGGCGAGACGGAUAAUAACAUUGAGACUGUAUUUAAAGACAUCACAGCCUGGUUAGACAAAAGGUCUGGAGAUGAUCUCCCGGCUUUCCUAGCAGAUAAUUUACAAGAAGGUUCUGGCCAUGAAAAUGGCAUCACAGCUAAAUCGCCCAGAAGUAUAGCUCGACAGAAAUCGCAGAAGAAGCGGUUGGGUGGAAUAUAUCUGUGUGGGCUGAAAGGAAGUCAAAUGCACCAUAACUCCCCGGUGCAGAUUUAGCAUGGGCAUAUUUGUUUUGCGUUUUGUUAUGUCAAGUUGUGAGAACAGAAACAUACUGCCUAUGUCAUCUGUUACCUGUAUAAUACCAUAAUAAGCGGCAUAAUUAGCUAAAUUAAUCGUAUUUUAAGAAGAAAAAACUCUUCCGAUCUGCAA